CAUUUUCCAUGUUAUUCUCUUCUCCCUGUGUUUCACCAAUUUUGAAUGCAUCAAUUUCUUAUAAUUUGUUAAAUUUGGGUUUUUAACUUCCCGGCUUCUCCAGCUAAGUGCGGAGGGAGCUUAUCUCCGUAGUCAGCCAAGGAGCCGCCUUGUUCAGACAGCCAUGUACAUCAAACAGGUCAUCAUCCAGGGGUUCCGAAGUUACAGGGACCAGACUGUGGUGGACCCCUUCAGCCCAAAACACAAUGUCAUCGUGGGAAGAAAUGGAUCAGGAAAAAGUAACUUUUUCUAUGCCAUCCAGUUUGUGCUCAGUGAUGAGUUCAGCCACCUGCGACCUGAACAGCGCCUGGCCCUGCUCCACGAGGGAACUGGUCCUCGUGUCAUUUCGGCUUUUGUGGAGAUUAUAUUUGACAACUCUGACAACCGGCUGCCGAUCGACAAAGAGGAAGUCUCCCUCCGGCGUGUCAUUGGCGCAAAGAAGGACCAGUACUUCUUAGACAAGAAGAUGGUGACUAAGAACGACGUCAUGAACCUUCUGGAGAGUGCCGGCUUCUCUCGCAGCAACCCCUACUACAUCGUCAAGCAGGGAAAGAUCAACCAAAUGGCCACAGCUCCUGACUCCCAGCGUCUGAAGCUUCUGAGAGAGGUGGCGGGAACACGAGUGUACGAUGAGCGCAAAGAGGAGAGUAUUUCUCUCAUGAAGGAGACAGAGGGGAAGCGAGAGAAAAUCAAUGAGCUGUUGAAGUACAUCGAGGAGCGUCUGCACACCCUGGAGGAUGAGAAGGAGGAGCUGGCUCAGUACCAGAAGUGGGACAAGAUGAGAAGAGCCCUUGAGUACACCAUCUACAACCAGGAGCUGAACGAGACCCGCGCCAAGCUGGACGAGCUGUCCAGCAAGAGAGAGACCUGUGGAGACAAAUCCAGACAGCUGCGUGAUGCUCAGCAAGAUGCCCGCGACAAAGUAGAGGAGACGGAGCGUGUGGUGCGAGAGCUGAAGUCCAAGAUCUCUGCCGGGAAGGAGGAGCGUGAGCAGCUGGGGGCCGAGCGCCAGGAGCAGAUCAAGCAGAGGACCAAACUGGAGCUGAAGACCAAGGACCUGCAGGACGAGCUGGCAGGCAACAGCGAACAGAGGAAACGCCUGCUGAAGGAGCGUCAGAAGCUUCUGGAGAAAAUCGAGGAGAAGCAAAAUGAGUUGCAGGAGACUGAACCCAAAUUCAACAUGGUGAAGGAGAAAGAGGAGCGGGGCAUAUCCAGACUGGCCCAGGCGACCCAGGAGAGGACAGACCUGUACGCCAAGCAGGGCCGAGGCAGCCAGUUCACCUCCAAGGAGGAGAGGGACAAGUGGAUCAAGAAGGAGCUGAAGUCUCUGGACCAGGCCAUCAACGACAAAAAGAGGCAGAUCGCAGCCAUCAACAAAGACCUGGAGGACACGGAGACCAACAAGGAGAAGAACCUCGAGCAGUACACUAAACUCGAUCAAGAUCUUAAUGAGGUGAAGACCCGCGUUGAGGAACUGGACAAAAAAUAUUACGAGGUGAAGAACAGGAAGGAUGAGCUGCAGAGCGAAAGAAACUACCUGUGGCGGGAGGAGAACGCAGAGCAGCAGGCCCUGGCCGCCAAACGAGAAGAGCUGGAGAAGAAGCAGCAGCUCCUCCGAGCGGCCACCGGCAAGUCUAUUCUGAACGGCAGUGACAGCAUCAACAAAGUCCUUGAGCAUUUCCGUCGCAAGGGUAUCAACCAGCAUGUCAUCAGUGGUUACCAUGGCAUCGUCAUGAAUAACUUUGAGUGUGAGCCCGCCUUUUAUACCUGUGUCGAGGUGACUGCUGGAACCAGACUGUUCUAUCACAUUGUGGAGACUGACGAGGUCAGCACCAAAAUACUGAUGGAGUUCAACAAAAUGAACCUGCCUGGAGAAGUCACAUUCCUGCCCCUGACCAAGCUGGACGUCAGGGACACCGCCUACCCAGAGACAAACGAUGCUAUUCCCAUGAUCAGCAAGCUGCGCUACAGCAACACCUUCGACAAGGCCUUCAAGCACGUGUUCGGGAAGACUCUGAUCUGUCGCAGCAUGGAAGUCUCCACCCAGCUGGCCAGAGCCUUCACCAUGGACUGUAUCACUCUGGAGGGUGACCAGGUGAGUCACCGCGGAGCUCUGACCGGAGGCUACUACGACACCAGGAAGUCUCGCCUGGAGCUGCAGAAAGACAUGAGGAAGGCCGAGGAGGAGCUGGGGGAGCUGGAGGCCAAGCUCAACGAGAACCUGCGCAGGAACAUCGAACGUAUCAACAAUGAGAUCGACCAGCUGAUGAACCAGAUGCAGCAGAUCGAGACUCAGCAGAGGAAGUUUAAGGCGUCCAGAGACAGUAUUCUGUCUGAGAUGAAGAUGCUAAAGGAGAAGAGGCAGCAGUCAGAGAAGACCUUCAUGCCCAAGCAACGCAGCCUGCAGAGUCUGGAGGCCAGCCUCCACGCCAUGGAGUCCACCAGGGAGUCACUGAAGGCCGAGCUCGGCACAGACCUGCUCUCUCAGCUCAGCCUGGACGACCAGAGGCGCGUGGAUGCCCUCAACGACGAGAUCCGCCAGCUUCAGCAGGACAACAGACAGUUGUUGAAUGAGAGGAUUAAGCUGGAGGGCAUAAUGACCAGAGUGGAAACGUAUCUCAACGAGAACUUACGGAAGCGUCUUGACCAAGUGGAGCAGGAGCUGAACGAGCUGCGAGAGACUGAGGGAGGCACCGUGCUCACAGCCACCACGUCUGAGCUGGACGGCAUCAACAAACGUGUCAAAGAGACUCUGUCACGAUCAGAAGAUCUUGAUCUUCUGAUCGACAAGAUCGAGGUCGAGAUCAAGGACCACAUAAGGAGCAUGGAGCGCUGGAAGAACAUCGAGAAGGAGCAGAAUGACGCCAUCAACAGCGACACCAAGGAGCUGGAGAAGAUGACCAACAGGCAGGGCAUGCUGCUCAAGAAGAAAGAGGAGUGCAUGAAGAAGAUCCGAGAGCUCGGCUCGCUGCCUCAGGAGGCCUUCGAGAAGUACCAGACCCUCACACUCAAACAGUUGUUCCGUAAACUGGAGCAGUGCAACACAGAGCUGAAGAAGUACAGCCACGUCAACAAGAAAGCUCUGGAUCAGUUUGUGAACUUCUCUGAGCAGAAGGAAAAGCUCAUCAAGCGCCAGGAGGAGUUGGACCGCGGUCACAAAUCCAUCAUGGAGCUCAUGAACGUCCUGGAGCUGCGCAAGUACGAGGCCAUCCAGCUCACCUUCAAACAGGUGUCGAAGAACUUCAGUGAGGUUUUCCUGAAGCUGGUGCCCGGAGGCAAAGCCACGCUGGUGAUGAAGAAGGGCGAUGCUGAAGGCAGCCAGUCUCAGGACGAGGGUGAGGGCGGGGCAGACGGUGAGAAGGGCUCAGGCUCCCAGAGCAGCGUUCCUUCAGUGGACCAGUUCACCGGAGUGGGCAUCAGGGUGUCAUUCACAGGGAAGCAGGGGGAGAUGAGAGAGAUGCAGCAGCUGUCUGGAGGUCAGAAGUCUCUGGUGGCUCUGGCCCUGAUCUUUGCCAUCCAGAAGUGCGACCCCGCUCCCUUCUACCUGUUCGAUGAGAUCGACCAGGCCCUCGACGCCCAGCACAGGAAGGCUGUCUCAGACAUGAUCGUGGAGCUGGCCGGCCACGCCCAGUUCAUCACCACCACCUUCAGGCCCGAGCUGCUCGAGUCCGCUGACAAGUUCUACGGAGUCAAAUUCAGAAACAAGGUGAGUCACAUCGAUGUGAUCACAGCGGAGCAGGCCAAAGACUUUGUGGAGGAUGACACCACCCAUGGUUAAAAGCCCUCAACUCUUCCUCCUCCUCGGCCUCGACAGUGCACUGUGAAGCUUGAAGCCUUCAGAAAUAUCUUGCUCUAUACACCAGCCUCUUUUUGGCUUUCUGUU